CGAGAUCAUCAUUCCAAAUUCGACUAAAAUUUUUAAAAUACGAAAGACUGGUUUAUUUCUUGUCGUGCGGUCAGCGACGUGAAGUGCUGUAUAUCGAUCAAAUUUUGCCGCCGGUAGUGUUGAAAAACUCAAAAUUCUAGCUGUUGUUAUUCCAUUCUCGAAAGAAGAAGAGAAAACACGCACAUUUUCUACAUAAAACGAAAAAAAAUUUGUACGGAAAGAACACGAAGCAAUCAUCAUAGAAACAGACAUGCCGCGACACCCGAAAAGAGCUCACCAAGACGAGGAGGACGAAGCCAAGGAAGAUCAGGACCAAACAGAGCAGGCGCAAUGUGCUCCAGAAGACAUUGGGGCAUUCACAAACCAAGCUUUCAAAAACGUUGUGGCCGCAACAAGGGCCGCCAACGCCUUUCCCCAAGGAAACGCCCGGUCCCUCUAUUUAAGCUACCCGGGCUACGCACGUGUCAUGGACGACCUGUCCCAACGGGUGGUUGGGCUCAUCGGAAAUGUGCUUCAGACCAAGGAGAUCAAGGGCGACAUCAAGAAACGACAACUGGAUGAGCAAUUUGAAAUGGUGCAGGAGUGCAAUGAUAUUCUGUUCGAGCGCAUCACCACCAACCUGGACGUCAAAAGCGGUCUGCGCAGGAAUCCCCAACAGGUGUUGGAAGCUCAGGUGGACGUAAUGAGCAACUCCACGUCUGCAGAACCAACAGUUGCUUCGCCACAAAAUCUGGAAAUUUCAAAAGCGGGCAGUUGGAACAGGACGACAGGAACGCCGCAACGCAGCAUGGUUUCGGCUCGACUCUUCACGGCCAAAAAUAUUGUUCGCCCACAGACGCAGUUUAAGGAGUCUGUGGACAACAGUGCGCAGAAUCCGUUCACUCCCAGGCUUAAGGAGAAGCCCAACUCACUGAAACCGCUGGCCCUACUGCCCGAAUACGAUGAUGAUGGGAAUGUCCAGUCCUAUCUGCAUCCUUACGAGUUUGAGCUGCUGAAAUUUCAGCCUCCUCCGCAGCAACUAGAAAAGCAGAAGCCAGUGCUUCCAGCUCUCAUGGCAGACACCGAACUGAUGGUGGUGAAUACGGUUGAAAAACUCCAGGAGGCCUUGGAGGAAUUAAGGCAAGCGACCGAGAUCGCCAUCGAUGUGGAGCACCAUUCCUAUCGCACCUUCAUGGGCAUCACUUGCCUGGUCCAGAUGUCGACUCGCUCCAAAGAUUAUAUUUUUGAUACCCUAACUUUGCGAGAUGAUAUGCAUGUACUGAACCUGGUUCUCACCGACCCCAAGAAGUUGAAGAUCCUGCACGGCGCCGAUUUGGACAUUGAGUGGCUACAGCGGGACUUAUCGUUGUAUAUCGUCAACAUGUUCGACACGCAUCGAGCAGCCAAGGCUUUAAAUAUGGCGAGGUUAUCAUUGGCGUUUUUGCUAAAGCACUACCUGGAUUUGGAUGUGGACAAGAGCCUUCAACUGGCCGAUUGGCGGAUGAGGCCAUUACCCCAGCAACUGGUGGACUACGCUCGCCAGGAUACCCACUUUCUGAUAUACGUUUACGAACGGAUGACCAACGAUCUGUUACAGCAGCAAGCUGAACCGGGGCUGCUGGGUAGCGUCUAUCAAAUGAGCACGGAAGUGUGCAAGAAGCGGUAUAACAAGCCUCACAUUGGACCGGAUUCGCACAUGGAUUUGGUGCGGAAAACGAAGCGUUCCUUCGACAACCGACAGUUGCAUGCGCUUCGUGGAAUCUUCGAGUGGCGCGAUGCGACGGCGCGGUCGGAGGACGAGAGCUAUGGCUAUGUGCUACCCAACCACAUGAUGCUUCAAAUCGCCGAGAGUCUACCAAGGGAGAUGCAGGGCAUUCUGGCCUGCUGUAAUCCCAUCCCGCCGCUGGUGCGCCAGCAACUGCACACGCUCCACCAGAUUGUCCUCAAGGCGCGCGAUCAGCCGCUGGUCAAACCAAUUUUAGAGGCCCGCAGCAGUACACAGGCAUCGUUGCCGCCCUCGACCAAGGACUUCAGCAGCAAGCUCUAUUGUCCGCAUGACUUUUCGCAUCAGGAAGAAACCCGCGAUGAUUUGCCCACUCUGUUAAAACGCAGUUCUACCUCAGGGAAACUCGAGCUGCCCAGAGAGGAGGAUGCUCCAACAGAAGAUUUGCCAAUUGUGGCACCAGCAAUGGCAUUGUUCGACAAGCCCGGCAAGCCAACUCAAGAAGAGGAGCUGCGAUGGGCCCAUCUUCGCAAGGAGAGUCAGGCGCUCCGCAUGCCCUAUAAACGUUAUCUUGCGAUCCUGCCGCUAAUGGAGCAGCUGAAGGCGGAUCAGAUCGCCAGGGAGCGCAGUGAGCUACUUAAGAGGCGUCUGUGUCCGGCGGCACCGGCUCCGGAGCAAAAUAUAAAACUGGAAGCACCUACCGUUAAACAAGAGGAUGAUGCCAUGUACUCUGUUCCUUUAAAAGAACACUUGAAACGGAAACACCAAAUGAAUGGCAGAACGGAUGGGGAUCAGCAGGCAACAACCAGUAAGAGACCCCGCAAGGAUGAGAAUACUCAACCUACACUUAAACCAGAACCGCAGGUGAAGGUUGAACCCGCAAAACCAGUUCAGUUGGAUACAGAGCAUAGCGAUGACGAAGUCGUAGCAGUUCCUAUUGAAAGGCAGUCCAAAGAGCAACCGAAACCUUCGUCAGCACAUAGUAAGCGGCAACAGAAGCCCAAGCAGAUUAAGCGCGGUUUUAAGGCCAAAAACAGAGGAAAUCAUCCACAGAGCUCCAGCCAGCAGAUUCCGCAGCCCAAACCUGAAGGGAACUUUGACUACAAAAACGUGGACUUCCAGCAAUUUAGGGGCGGAGCGCAGAGAGCCCGCGGAACAGAAAUCAAACAUCAAAUGCGCGGCAAGAACCGUCCCAACAACCGCAACAAUAAGCAGUUCAACAAGCUUUUUACAUUUAGUAAUGUGAGGAAAGAAGGCAAAAAAUGAAGUGCACUUGUGACGAAAGUCUGUAAUAUAUAUAUAAUAGGUAUAUAUAUACAAGAUGUGGACUUAUUAGAAAAUAAACAAAACCACCAAAAGUGAAUAAGACAAGUGUUUAUUUUCUAUUGUGUAUACACUCUUCUGUUAUGUUACAAAACUAUACUUUCAAAUUUUGCAAUUUUCUAAAAUAUUUCCUAUUAAAUAACAACGUAACUAUGCAUAAAACUAGACUAUCAGAUAUGUUAUCAAUGUUCGGUUUUCAGAGCUAUCUAUCAGCGGAAAACUAAUGAAAAACCAUUAAAUAGAAUUUCAUACCAAUGGG